AUGCUCGACGCGUCGACGCGAUUUGCCUCUUGGUCCAGCAUCCCAGCGUCUCAAGACUCAACAGUCAACAACCAGAUUCCAUUACUAGAGAGCGCUUAUGCUUUCGAGAGCCAAAGACCGUCAGCUGCAAUGAGCCGACGUGAGAGAACCACGAAGAUCACCAAACAUAAAACCGACCACGACCACGACUUCGACACCCCAGACACAGACAAGACAAGCACACCCACUCAUUUAAUAGCGUCCAGACACUCGAAGACAAAGACGAAGAAUUUACUCUCCUCCUCCUUCUCCUCCUCAUUAUCGAAAAUACAGAAUAGAAGUCUAUUCUCGUCAGCUUCCACUACGAGAUUUUCAAAGUCCACUUCAUUCUCGAGCCCCAGUGACCAGACUACACUUACGCAGAUAGCUUUCGUCACAAAACCACGCGAACCCCCGUCAGACGAUGGCGGGCUCGAUUAUAUUGAGGGAAACGAAGCCGAUAAGGCGGACAAUGUUCGGCAAGGCAAGGACGAUGCAAUUAUUAUAGACUCCGAUUCUGAGAAUGAUAGCGACGCAGACAACACCAAUACCGAUUGUCUUCCACAAGCACGGCGGGUCCGUACGGUCAGAUUCAGCGAAAGUCGUACUAUCGGAGACAGAGCGAAUUCACGGGGGAAUGUCAUCCGAAAUAGAAACAAUGCCGUCGAGAAAAAUGCGGAAGUCAGAAGAAGCUCCCUCCCGGCCAAAAGCAACAAGAAGACAGCAAAGGACAAGACCCUCACACAAAUGAAAUUCGUACAGCCUAUUGUGUACAUUAAGUCUGACGGUGAAAACGACGAGGAAAUAAGAUUCGAUUACAUUUACGAUAAUCCCCAAAGGGCCAAUGGCAAGAAAAUGCACGAAUUAACAAGCGAUGAUAAGGUGGAAGGUGAUUUGAGCCAGGACCCAGCUUCUCAGCAGGAACCUGUUGGAGUCAAGAGAAGGAAGCUAGAUGAUGGUCCAGCGCAAUUGCCGGUUGGCCAACAAGCGAACGUUAAAGGGGGAGGCGUUAUCGAAGGACCAUCUCGAAAUCCAGUUACUCCGCGGAAGACACACAAAUUUGAAAUACCUUCUUCACAAUCACCGGAGAGCCCUGGCAUGGCAGUUAUCUCUUCUCAGUUCUGCCGCGCCACUCAGACUCCAUUGAAAGACCCGAGUCCAAAUACUUCUAAACGCUGCUUGCCAGAAGGUUCACCCACUUCUCAUUUGCUGGGGGAUGCUUCUCUGAAUUCGGAUCAUCCCUCCUCGCUCGGGGAGAGUACAGUCUCUGCUUCAUCUAUGAUACGGAAGUCGCCUCUGCCAGGUGGAUCUGGUGCCGCCGGCAAUGAAUCCAGAUCUAGAACUGGCAGUUUUGGGAGGACUAUUGUGUACGAAACAGAUGCGGAGUCUGAUGAUGGCGACCUGGAAACCGAGUCGCUAAGUGUUACUGAUUCUAAAGAGGCAGCUGGUGGUGAACCAAAAGUGUCUGCGGAGAUCAUCCGGGACUCCUUGGGGGAUGAUUCCCAGACUACUGAACCACCGGACAUUUCUUCUAAUGUCGACCUUGAACCCAUACUCACCGAUACAGAGCCUCCUAUGUCGUCAAACGCAUCAAUUUGUUACCGAAGACAGCAAUUAUCCACGCAGUUCCCGGAAGGGCCUAUACCGACAUUGAGUACUCAGAAAAUGGCCGAACUUUUCCCUCAAGAUAGCAGCCCUCGAGUCAGCAAGGCGAGGGACGCGUCUCGACUACGGACGUCCUCCUUAGUCAAGUCCUGGUCGGUUCCCGGGCCCCCUUCACAAAAUCAGGUACCAGAACCUACCCAAACACAGGAUAAUUAUUUGAACAAGUCGACUGAAAUUGUACCUGAAUCGUCUCCUGUGGUACGACGAGAUGCGCACGAGCCUGUGGUACAGGUGGAGUCUUCUCAACCAGCGGACAGAAUUCACAAACAGAUGGACUCCAAUGGAGAUGCCGGUUCUGAGGGGAUUCUCUCCAGGAGCCAGCUGCUGCCAUCCAGUGUCAUGGAGAGUAUACCAAUGCCGGUAUUUUGGAUGGGAAGUCAGGAUAGUGUUGGUGAGCCCUACACCCUGCCAGACGGCUAG